AUGUCACACCGAAAAACCCAUUCGCUGCUAAGAGAUGAACAAAAGGCCCUAAGGGAGUUGAAAGCGAACACUGAAAUAGUUAUUCUGCCUGCUGACAAAGGCCGAUCAACCGUUAUCCUUGACAAGUUGGAUUACCGAAACAAAGCCCUCAUGCUCCUCAACGACCGGGCGUCCUACAUGGUCAGCGACGCCGCCAGGCUAAAGUCCCCACUGGAGAAGGUUAACAGAAUUCUGUCUCGACUAAAAAAGGAAAAAGUCAUCACCGUCAAAGAGUGGUAUAUAGCAAAGCCCACAGAAACACCGAUGGCGAGAUUCUAUGGUCUUCCAAAGGUACACAAGCCGGAUGUUCCCCUCCGACCAAUCGUCUCACUCCGAGGCACACCUACGAACGGACUCGCAAAUUGGCUGUCUCAAAACCUAAUAUUCCUAACCGCGGGCUCAGAAACAACAGUACACUCAGCAGAGCAAUUAGUCGACAAAAUAAAGGCGGUCACGACCGAACCGAAUGAGAGGAUGGUGUCAUGUGUCGUCGUCUCCAUCUUCACGUCCAUACCACAGGCCCUUGCGGUUGAGACGCUCAGUGACCUGCUAUGUCAGAAUUACGACGAGGGCGUUGGCCAGCCCACAGCUCAGGAUCUCAUAGAACUCAUGGGACACAGUCUCAAGACUUUUUUUACCUUCGAGGGGAUCACAUAUGAGCAAAUUAAGGGCACUCCGAUGGGUUCACCAAUCUCCGGACUCAUUGCCGAGGCCGUUCUGCAAAAACUCGAAAAACGACUGUUCGGGGAAUACAAACCCAAGUUUUGGGCGCGCUACGUUGAUGAUACCUUCGUAAUCAUCGAUCAGGAUAAAAUUAGCUACUAUGAAGAACUACAGAACUCAAUCAUCCCCGACCUACAGUUCACGAUGGAAGAAGAAGUGGAGAGGAAACUUUCAUUUUUGGAUGUUCUCAUCUGUCGCCAACCAGACGGCAAACUGGAGACUUCAGUUUGCAAAAAACCGACGAACACGCUGCAAAUGCUCAGUUUCGACAGCAACCACCCACUGCAACACCACAAACGAAGCUGUGUACGCACUCUAUACCGACGGGUGAAAACUCACUGCUGCACUCCAGUCGCCAAACUGGACGGGAUGAAGCUACUCCAAGAACUCUUCAGAGCCGACGGCUAUCCGCGAACAUUCGUUGAACGGAGCCGAAAGUAA